CACAAUUCGCGCUUUAUUCGCUCUAACCGCACGUGUCAUUUGUUUAAACAAUACACAAGUUUCUGCGGUGAUAUUUAUACGAAUUAUUUCAAAACUAUUUACCCUAAACUCGAGAUUUAGUAAUUAUAUUAUUUUAGUUAUUUAAAGUGAACAGAGGAAUAUUGAAGUGAUCAAAAUGCUGCCUGCUACGUGUUUUGUUGUUUUUGUCACGGUUCUGAACCUCCAUAUCACCGCAGCAAACGUUGCAGCACCACGUGACAUGCCAAUCCAGUUCCCUGAUCAACCUCCACCACAAGCCUUAGCCCUUGUCGCGGCAGACGAUGACGACGUCCCAGCCUCCUGCCACAACCUCACGUACUGCACCGUGAAGCCUAAGAACUACCCAGAAGAGAGGUUCAACAAGAUGUUUAAAGACUAUAAACCUGUACACCAACCUAAGCUGGUUGAGGAUCUGACCAACAAGUUCGGAGAAGAAGGAGAGAACUGUGCUGUGGAGUUAUCUAACGAGCCUUUAUACAAAGUGCGAGAGAAAAGAGAUCAGCCAUGGCGCACUGUCAUCCAGGCGCCGGGCCACGACUACUUGCAACGAGUGCGGCUAGAGAAGUGCAGUAAUGAAGGAGCGCCUUGCUUCGAGUCUUUCUGCAUGGGAGGAGGAGAUUUCACUCCCGUCUGUCAGCAGAAGUAUUACACUUGGGAGGUUCUCGUGGCGAAAGGAGACAACGAAUCAGAGAAGAUCGAAGCGAAACUACCUGGAGCUUGCUCUUGCUAUGCUACGAAAGUCGAAUUCAAAAACAGAUUUGGUGCCGACAAGCCUAAUUCUACAGGUCAAAAAAAACCUAAAAAGCCUUGAAAAAGACACUCGAUUACUGUUGUUAUUUAAAUUUUUGAGCCUUAUUUUAUGAUUUUUAAAUAUUAAUUUGUCAGCUGUAUUAAAAAUAACAUCAUAUUUUCUACCUAUUGAUCACUUUGAAGUCUAUGCCAAGCCCGUGUGGUGUUGGUAUUGGUACGUUAACAAAAAUCUUUAUGAUAGGUACGGAACCUUGAAUGAAUAUAUGACUGGCUUGGCACCGACUUCAAAGCGAUCAAUAGGUACAAAAAUAUUAUAAUGUUAUUUUCCCUUUUUACGUACGUACGUUAAUGUUUUGAAGUCGGUUGUAUUUUUUUAAAAUAAUCAUAUAAAGUAUUGUUUUCGAUUUAUGACUUAGGAAGAGAUGUUUAUACUGAACCUUCGGUUGGUCCGAUUCUCACUUGUUCAGAUUUUUUCCAUUUCGUUUCGGAUUUUUAGCCUUCUAUAUAUUAACAAAGUGUGUCAUAAAUGAUGUUGUAUGCUUCGUAUGUAGACAUCCUUAGAGUAUGAUAUUAGUGUGAAUGAGGUGUGAAUAAACAAACAGACAUAAUACUUAACAUAAUAAUAAAAAAUAACGCAUUUUAAAAUAAGUAUAUUAUAUAAAAUUUUUAAAUUAAAGUUCUGGCACCGAUUAGUUUAAAUUAAAUUUAAAAUUAUGGUAUGAUAUAAAACGUUACUUAAUUUUAAUUAUAGUAAGACAGUUAAUUUUAGCUGUUAUAGUAUAUUAAUAACAGUUAAAAUUUGAACUGACUAAAGAGGCUUUCUAUUAGGUAGGUUUUUAAUUUUAGUUUAAUAAAUAAAAAAUGUUCCAACAGUAUAUUAAGUGAAGUGAGACUAAGCUAUUUGGUUGCAAAAUGAUUGUAGUGUAUAUUUUAUGUAUAAAACUGUAAUAUAUAUACUCAGAGGCACAAUUAUCCGCCCACUUUAACAUGUCGCGUGUAUAAUAAAGUGGGCGGAUAAUUGUGCCUCUGAGUAUAUUAUGCAGCCUUUAAAGUUUUACAGGAUGAGAACCUAUAAUAGAACUUUGGAAAAUUGUCAGCCCUUGUAUGAAGGUUCCUUAGGUUUUCGCUCUUUCAUAUUAUUGACAACUUGCUUAGGUUUAUAUAUAGCUGUAGGUUAUUUAUUUUGAUGAAAAUAAUUGUUACAUUAUUUUUUACUUUGUAAAUAAAUUAAUUAUGAAAACAAUUUGAUUAUAAUACUCAUUGUUCUAACGAAUGUUUGUUACGAAUGAACCAAUAAAGUUAUUUUCUAAAAAAAA